CAGGCGGGCCGCAGGACAACUCUUCGUCAUGAUGGAAAAUAUCCGCCCGCGGUUCAACUUUGGCAACAAAGCUGAAGUUGUGAAACUGAGGAAGCGAAAAUCCAAAUUACACAACAAAGAAGACAAAUGUGCUCCGAGUAAUGGUGUGCUGGGAGCUCACCUGGCUCUGUUUUGUGUCGCCUUCCGACUUGCCAACUGCUUCCUUGUCCAGAGUAGCUUUGUACCUGAUGAGUACUGGCAGUCCCUGGAGGUUUCCCACAACAUGGUCUUCACAUAUCCUUUGGGAACCAACUUCACUUAUGGGUACCUGACCUGGGAAUGGAAGGCAGGAAUAAGAGGAUACUCCUAUCCACUCUUCUUUGCUUGUAUAUACAAGAUACUGCACUUGAUAAACUAUGACUCAGUGUAUCUGCUGAUAUGGCUUCCACGUGUAAUUCAAGCACUCCUGGCCGCCUUUGCAGAUGUAAAAUUCUACCUCCUUAUCCGCACCAUGGAAAGUCCUGAUGUUGCGAAGUGGACGUUCUUCUGCCACCUGUGCUCCUGGUUCACAUGGUACUGCUGCACCAGGACACUGACCAACACCAUGGAGACCACGCUCACUACCCUGGCUCUUCUUUACUUUCCCCUGCCUGGCUCCAAAACACACAGCAGUAAAAAAUACUUGAGCCUUGUUGCCUUGGCGGUCAUUGUUCGUCCGACAGCCUUGAUUGUUUGGCUUCCUCUGUUGAUGUACCAUUUCUGGCAGGAAGAAAACAAGCUCAGACUCAUUACUCACCACUGCAUUCCCAUAGGGGUUUUGACUGUUGGGAUUUCAACAUUGAUCGACUGUCUGUUCUAUGACAAGUGGACCCUGGUGCAGCUCAACUUCCUCAAGUUUAACAUCCUCCACGGUGUGGCAGAGUUCUACGGUUCUCAUCCCUGGCACUGGUACUUCACUCAGGGCUUUGCUGUUGUGAUCGGUCCCCAUCUUCCCUUCUUCCUUCACGGAUGCACUCUAGCUUCAAAGAGAUACCGAUUACUGUUGGUAACAAUUGUCUGGACAAUAACGGUUUACAGUUUGCUUGCUCACAAGGAGUUCAGAUUCAUCUAUCCUGUGCUGCCCUUUUGUAUGGUGUUCUGUGGGAUAUCUUUGGCAAAUCUGAAAAACUGGAGGCGAGCUGCCGCUUACGGCUUGUUGGUGGCCAAUCUGGUUCCAGCUCUGUACACGGGCCUGGUUCACCAGCGAGGCACUCUAGACGUUAUGAGCCACCUGCAGAAACUGUGUGACACCAACAGCCUCUCUGCACAGCCACAGCCUGACGUCCUCUUCCUCAUGCCCUGUCACUCCACACCCUUCUACAGCCACAUCCACUGCCCACUCAGGAUGAGAUUCCUUGAGUGUCCUCCAGAUCUUGGAGAAGAGGGAUAUGUGGAUGAGGCUGAAAACUUCUUCGAUGACCCUCUUCAGUGGCUCAGGAUUUCGUUUCCACACAAGUCCUCUAUGCCAACUCACCUGGUUUUGUUUGAUGUUUUGGAAAAAGAAAUCCUAACAUUUUUGGAAGGGAAUAAAUUCAUAAGGACAGCAGUGAUAUUUCAUACUCAUGUUCCUGAGGGAAGAGUUGGAGGAAGCAUCUUUAUUUAUGAAAGGCACUGACAAACACUGGGAACAAUGACAGUUUCUUUUCCUUAUUGUUUUAUCAUGAUGUGGAUUUGCUACUGAAUUAAAUACUUUAAACUGAAA